GGCCCCCACCCCCGCCAGGGGACUGGCGGAGCGGGCCUUCUCCCGGUCUCUAGUAGUUUCCGCGCCGCUGACGCAUGCCUGCUCGCACAGCUGGGCCGGGCGCGUCCUACGCAGCAGCCGCGAGCCGGGCUGCGGGUGCCAGACGGUUCCCGGCGGGGGGCAGGGGCGGGGCGCCGCAAGAGGCCGGGACUCCCGGCGGAGGAGCCCCAAGGAGGCCCGCUUGACGAUUGACCAGUUGCCAUGGCAUCCUACUACGAGAUCCUAGACGUGCCGCGAAGUGCGUCUGCUGAUGACAUCAAGAAGGCGUAUCGGCGCAAGGCUCUCCAGUGGCACCCAGACAAAAACCCAGAUAAUAAAGAAUUUGCUGAGAAGAAAUUUAAGGAGGUGGCGGAGGCAUAUGAAGUGCUGUCUGACAAGCACAAGCGGGAGAUUUACGACCGCUAUGGCCGGGAAGGGCUGACGGGGACAGGAACUGGCCCAUCUCGGGCAGAAGCUGGCAGUGGUGGGCCUGGCUUCACCUUCACCUUCCGAAGCCCCGAGGAGGUUUUCCGGGAAUUCUUCGGGAGUGGAGACCCUUUUGCAGAGCUCUUUGAUGACCUGGGCCCCUUCUCAGAGCUUCAGAACCGGGGUUCCCGACACUCAGGCCCUUUCUUUACCUUCUCUUCCUCCUUCCCUGGGCACUCUGAUUUCUCCUCCUCAUCUUUCUCCUUCAGUCCCGGGGCUGGUGCUUUUCGCUCUGUUUCUACAUCCACCACCUUUGUCCAAGGACGCCGCAUCACCACACGCAGAAUCAUGGAGAACGGGCAGGAGCGGGUGGAAGUGGAGGAGGAUGGGCAGCUGAAGUCAGUCACAAUCAAUGGUGUCCCAGAUGACCUGGCACUGGGCUUGGAGCUUAGCCGUCGUGAGCAGCAGCCGUCAGUCACUUCCAGGUCUGGGGGCACUCAGGUCCAGCAGACCCCUGCCUCAUGUCCCUUGGACAGCGACCUCUCUGAGGAUGAGGACCUGCAGCUGGCCAUGGCCUACAGCCUGUCAGAGAUGGAGGCAGCUGGGAAGAAACCCGCAGGUGGGCGGGAGGCACAGCACCGACGGCAGGGGCGGCCCAAGGCCCAGCACCAAGAUCCAGGCUUGGGAGGGACCCAGGAGGGUGCGAGGGGUGAAGCAACCAAACGCAGCCCAUCCCCAGAGGAGAAGGCCUCUCGCUGCCUCAUCCUCUGACCACCAGGCCCAACCUGACCUGAUCCAGGUCUUGACUGGGGGUCUGGCUCACUGUGGGAAGAGCAGAGGGGAGUAUCCUGAGUUGUAGGAACUGCUUUGCAACUCCAUGCUCCCUCCACGAGUUUCCCUCCCAGGCCCCCCGCACCCCACUGUGGACUUGGGAUUUGCUGUGCUCAGCCCAGGACUGAUAGGUCCCUGGUGAAACCCAGGGUGGGGGGUGUCAGGACAGUGGAAGGGCCCGAGGAGCCAGGUUGCAUUUAUUGGAUGGGGAGCUCCAAGGGGAAUUAGUGGUUUGGGCUGGGCCUUUUGUGCCCAGGUCCUCUGCCACCUGUGUUGCUGAUGGUGUCAAGGAAGGAGGACUUGGCUUAGGGUUGUCUGAGCCGGAGCCGGCAGCUCCACUGGGGAGCAGCGCAGGCGGAGUGGAGCCUCCUGCUCUCCUGGUCCAGCUGCAGACCCCCAACCCUGGUUUCUGUGCCAUGUUGUGCUCUGACUGUCUCUGUUGCUUCUCUUCUGGUGUUGCUUCUCCUCCCUCCCAUUCUCUCUGCAACUCCCUGCGGGCCGCAUCGCUUGCUUUCACUGCCGUCUGGCUAGGACUCCCUUCUUCCUUCCUUCCCCGAGAAGGCCUCAAUGUGGCGAGGAAGAUGCUGGGGCCGGUAGGGCUGUGAGGUCUUCUGGGGAGGCUAGCUGGGUGGGGCGGGAGCCUCUCAGCUGUCCGGAUUCAGAACUGGAGCCCACUCCUCCUCCCUUCUUCCCAUUGCCUCAGCCUGCCCUCACCCUCAGGACUAGGCAGAGGUGAGGCUGACUCACUCUGAAGAGGUGGGAUAGGACCAGGGGGAACCAGGAGGGAGGCCUAGGUGGGAACUGCACCCAUACUGCUUCCCUACCAUACAUCAGGGCUCAGGGAGAGGCCAUGCGGCCAGCCCAGGUCUGCAUGCUGAGCCCCGUCCUCCACAGCUUGCCGCUGAUGCUCUCUCCUGUCACCCCGCCCCCGCUCUCUCCCCAGAUGUGUUCUGAGCUGGAUGCCGGGAUCCAGAAUCGCUGCACAGUUCCAACAGGACAGCGCCCUCCCCCAUGUGCUGGGAGGGGACCCUCCAUUUCUCCCCCUCACCCAUGCUGAGUGUAGAGCUGGGGCCUGGGUAGUGGGUGGGGGCCGGGUGGGAGGCGGCAGUAGUCUUAGCCUGUGCACUCUCUUCCUUGGGUGUUUCGUGCUGGCUCCUGGGAACUACAAAUCCCAGAGUGCGGUGCGCCCUGGGAACUACAAAUCCCAGAGUGCGGUGCGCCCGGCCUCAUUUCUGAUAGAUCCCGCUUGGGGGAGGUGGUGCGUGGUUACUGAGCUGUGCAUCUUGGGACAUGUAGUAGCCCAGGUCGGCUUGUCACUCGCUGUGAGAUGGGGAGAUUUUGUCUUUUGAUUUAUCCCUGGAGGGCUGGCAGGGUUGUAGAUGAAGGAGGAAUGAUCUGAGCAUUGGUUCCCCUGACACAUCUUGCUAGCCCCAGGGUUAGAGUGGGCAGGGCAGAGCCGUGCAGCACCUGGGAGAGGUUCCUUUCCCAUGGGCAGCCUGGGGUCCCAGGAACAAGCCAGGGCGAGUAGCAUGUCCGCCUGAGCAGAGUGUGGCCCCAGAAAGCUGAGGAGUGUGGGUGGCAGAGAGCUUUGAGGGCAAGGCCACCCGCAGGGGCGUGUGUGUGGUGGGGCUUGGCAUGUGAUGGCAGCUCCAGGCAUGCUGCUGCUUGUAUGGCUUUCUUUGGCCUCUGACCCUGCUGCCCAUUCUUUCCAACAUCACAGAUGAGCCGCCUCUCCUCCUCCCUGCCUGGGGAUCCCGGUGGCCAGGGAGGGGAGUGGUGGAGCUAGCCGCCGUUAACACUGAGCCUCAGAGACGAACCAAAACCAGCUGGGCUGAGCUCAGAUCCAGGGGGAAAUGCUGGAAGUCAAUAAAACUGAGUUUUGAGAGCU